AUGGGUGAGAAGUCAAACUUCUCGCAGAAGUGGUCCUGGAGGCUUGACCUCCACGCGUACGAUGAUGGACUCGGCGAGACUCGCCUGCCCAAUCAGCAGCUUUUGUUCUCUGCGUGCGAGACUCGGAAGAUAGCCCGCAAUAACCUGAUCGAGAGUUUGGAGGAUGGAACGACCAAGGGAACCACGAACCUUCCAACCUUCCAAGAACUGGCCGACAACAACCCCAAUGGCCCAACGCGCCGCGGUUUAUGGGUAGGUUGGUACUUGCCUCUGCAGCCUUCCACUGAGCCUCACCCGGCAACACGGGUCCUUUCCGUGAAAGACCUAGUUGAGCAGAAGGCCUCGAAAGAUCAGCUGGAGGCCAUAAUCGUCUCGCGGAACUGCCCUACGGCUCUCAAAGUCAUCGUCCCCAUCAAUGCCAGGAAGCGACUAGACUACUUUGCUCUUGCUGAGCCAGAUCCGACCACUGGUCUCUGCAAGGCCUUUCAGAUAGGCGGUGCCUCGAAAUCAAUCUACUUCUUCCCUGAAUUCCGAGACCAGGCGGACGACCUCAUUGAUGCGAGCAAACGGUGUCGCGCUUGGGGUGCUUCGAUCUUGGAAAUUGCAGGCAAGAAGGAUAGCGACGACGACGAUGACGAGCAGGACGACGAAGGCAAUGGCAACAAGGAAAAGGACACAGUAAACAAGUCAGCCAAGCAGAAGUCUGGCAAGGCCAGGUCCAAGUCCAAGUCAGGCAUGAGCAUGCCCGGAAACAGCAAGUCUGCGGUUGCCGGUGCCGGGAUUGGUCCCGGGGGCUCACUGGGUAUCCAGACCCUGCGCGCUGCUUCUACUGCCACUGCCCCGGUAUCUGCAUCUGCGCUCAACCCUAUCGACGCGAGCCAAAUCGUGAGACUCAGAGCUGGCCUUGCAGACUUGCGUUCGAAGAUGACUCUCAAAAUGUACAAUGAGAUCAGAGGCGAGGUCGGAAAACUGACGAAAGUCGAGUUUCCCAUCUUCCCGAGCUCUACCUACCUCGACGCCUUCAUUCGCAAGAAGAGACUCAAGAAACGGCAUGCAAAGUUGGCGGUGGACGAGUUCUUCGGUCUCUAUCCGUUCUUGAGACGGGAAUCAUUGACGAAUUUGAACCACUUUCUCGUUCAUGUCGCAUCCAUCGUGUUGAGCAGCGACACGGAGGGCGUUGUCGUACUGAGCUGGGACAUAAUUCAAGACUUCCUCCUGACGCUUGCGUACCUUUGCGACGCGAGAUAUGCUGCGGAGCCGGAGUUGAGGAUGAAGGUGUUCCUCGCCUUUGAGAUGGUUCGGAAGGAGGUUGGUGCCCUAUCUCAGUCGAAGGAAGCUACCCCUCGCGAUAGAAUUCAAGACUUCCUUUCGGGAGUCAUUGACAACAUGGAUAGACAGCUCGUCGUCCACGCGGAAAACUGCCGACUCGCGGCAAGUCUUGGCGAAGGCACGCACACCACAGGCGCUGCAAUCGUUGACCGAUGGGUUAAGAGGCUGAGAGAACAGACCUCCGACAUGCAAGAAGCGGCCCGUCCGUUCAAGAGGCUGCGGCAAUUGGUUGACGAUGAUGACGAUGCCAAUGAUUUGCCAGAGCCCGGCCUCGUUAGCUCUGGUUCGAUUGCUAGCUCGAAUGGAGCUACGCUUGCAGCAGCCGACUCUACUGGAGAUAGUUCUGGCACUCCAAGCCAUCAACAUGCCGAAGGCGAAAACCUCGGCUCGAGCUCUCGCCCUGCUCCAGACGAUCUCCAUGUUGCGAGCUCCCACAUCGCUGAGCCAAGCACCGUUGAAGUCAAGCCUAGUGGUCCAGGCACCCCUCCUGGCACACCCAACUCCGACUCGCACCUCAGCGACCCAGAGUCUCUGGUCACUGGACCAGGCUCUCCCAAGGACCCGGAUUCACUUGCCGUGCUCCAGCUCUGGAACGCAGCUUGA